GAAGUUUGUCCCACGCCGUUAUCCGUACAUUAGUCGUGUGUUGUUGUUGGUUUGUUAGUUUGUGAUUUAAAGGUGAAACAUGAACUGGCUUUUCGCGGUUUUGGUGACGACCGUCGCGGUCUGCGGAGCCAACAUUUGUCCGUGUGAGAGAGCAGAGCUGUGUGAGCAGAUCCGUCAGCAGAGAGACUUUGAGGUGUUUUUGUUUGAUGUUGGUAGCAAGACGUGGGAGUUCUAUGACUGGAGCAUGGUAACAACAGUGGCGACAUUUGGGAAAUAUGAUGCCGAACUUUUGUGCUUCGCUCACUCCAAAGGAGCACGCGUCGUUCUCAAAGGUGACGUUCCCCUCUCCUACAUUGUGGACCAAGAAAACAGGACAGCGUGGAUAACAGAGAAAGUCAACUUGGCCAAAAGUCAGUUUAUGGAUGGAAUCAACAUCGACAUUGAACAAGCGGUGGAUCAGGGCUCGCCUGAGUUCCAUGCUCUGACCGACCUGGUUAGAGAAACCACUGAGGCUUUCCACAGGGAGAUCCCAGGGUCACAGGUCUCCUUCGAUGUUGCCUGGUCACCGAACUGUAUUGACAAACGCUGCUAUGAUUACGUUGCCAUUGCUGAAUCCUGUGACCUGCUUUUUGUCAUGUCCUACGAUGAGCAAAGUCAGAUCACUGGGGAUUGUAUUGCAAUGGCAAACGCCCCAGUCGCGCAAACACUAAAUGGCUAUGACCAGUAUUUGAGUCUGAAGAUCGAUCCAAAGAAACUAGUGAUGGGUGUUCCAUGGUACGGCUAUGACUACCCAUGCCUCAACCUUUCCCAGGAAGGGAUAUGCUCCAUAGACAAAGUUCCUUUCCGUGGAGCUCCCUGCAGUGAUGCAGCUGGAAAACAGAAGACAUACAAGUGGAUCAUGACGCAGGUCAACAGCUCGCUGUCAGGCAGGUUAUGGGACAGCGAGCAGAAGGCUCCCUACUUCAAUUACAAGGACCAGAGUGGACAGAUUCAUCAGGUCUGGUAUGAUGAUCCACAGAGUAUUUGUCUGAAGACAAACUAUGUGAAAUCUAAUGGUCUGAGGGGCGUCGGCAUGUGGAAUGCCAACAUCUUGGACUACAGUGGUGAAACAGUUGCCAAGCAGCAGACAGAGAUGAUGUGGAAUGCCCUGUUUGGAUGCUAGCUGGGACACAAGACAUUUACACCACCCCGAGUCCACUCCUGUUUGUUGCUAAGUCAAUAUAUGCCUUUGUAAGCAGUAACGGGUUGUGAGUUCGGGGAUGCAUACCUUAACUUGAGAGUUUAUUGUGGCUUUUAUUGCUUUGUUUUUGAAUGUAGUAACGCCUCAGACAUUCCUCUGUGCUAAAUGAAAUAACAGGGAUUCACUGAAAAACACGCAGUAUUUUUGAUUCACCAAAGUUGAGUUCGUUGUGGUCUGUGCACUUUUCCUAAAAUAAAAUAUUUUCUGAUAAA